AUUGCAACAGGGAAAUUCAUUGAUUCUGCUUACCCUCCUCCCCCGCGACCUUCUGAACAACACUUUAACAUCACGUUUUACUUAAACAGGAGGAUGAAGUUUGUAUUUGUGCUAUCUCUGAUGCUGUGUUACAGUUCAGCUCAGAGUGCUGAUUCAAGUGAGUAUAUUGUAUAGUCCAACCUAUGUGAGUGACUACCUUUCGUAACCGACCGUCUAACCAAAACACCAAAACGUUCCAAGUGAAAGCCUUACAGUUGGUACCUCUAUGAAACGACCACCUCCUGUAAGCGACUGCGACCACACUAUUUGGGUCUGACGGACGGUUUAAUGAUUUCCAUUGGUUUUAACCUCUUGUAAGCGACCACUUCAUGGUCUUUCAAGCAUUGUCUGAUCUCUAUUUUGGCAGUGUGAACUAUGCUAAUAGGAAUAUACGGAGAACUUUAGCAAAACAAGCUGUGUUCGGACAUCUUCUUAAAGCGGCCAUUGAGUCUGCAUUUUUGUGCUCUCUUAUGGGGGUUCGCAUACAUUUUUAUCGCGCAGACUAUGUGACCCCUAUUUUUCUCCUAUCCGUCCACCCAAUCAGCUGACAUGGAGAGAACAGAAACUAGUAUUUAACUACCAAACGUCUGGCAACUUUUCUUCUUUAAGUUUUUUAUGGCAAGUUUCGUGAUCCACCUAUCGUGUUCAAAAACUCAAUCACCCUAGCUCAGAUUUGAUUUCAGGUAUACAUAUCCUGUACUUUUGCGACAUUGCAUUUUUAAACCAGUGGGAAAAUAGUGGGAUUUAGGAAAUUCGUUCAGUUUGUUAUGCCAUCUAAAAAAAGCAAAGAACGUAGAAAAAAGAACAUUGAGGGCGAGACCCUUAAGUUCUCUAUUGAUUAAGAGAACACAAGUUUACGUGUAAAAUUACAAUCUGAUUUUAUAGGAUGUGGUUCUGUGGUAAACAACGCCUUGACAAGUCCUGGAUUUCCAACACAAUACCCAAAUAACAUGCACUGUGUGUACAACGUUUCCAUUCCAUCCGGAAAGGCGCUGAAGAUCAAUUUUUCAACUUUUAUCCUGGAACAACAUUCUCGAUGCCGGUAAGUAAUUUAACAAUAGACAGCUUUAGAGUCACGUUUACGGCAAACGGCAAACGUCAGAUUCAAGUUGAGAAUAUCUCAAAAUUAAAAAAAAUAGCGGGUAAAAACAGCUCGAAGCAAUUCUUAUGGAUAAAACUGGCGUGAAACAAUUCACUUUUUUGUAGAAGUAAUGAACAAUUAGAAGAAUUAAAGAGUAUCUGCCAGUAAAUUAGCGGUCUGGUCGAUAUGGCGUGAAAAAUAGAUUUCGCUCAUUUCUUGUGCGUUGAAAGACUUUCAUAUACUUGCACUUAACGGCCCCAAUCCGCUGGACUGUGUUUUAAAAACUCUCGAAUUUUUGAGACAAUUUUGGUUCACCCCAUCCAACGUUGGCGUUGCGCGGCUUAAUUCAAGGCUGAAAAUCAACAAAACUUUGAAUGUUGAUUUGGAAAGAAAUAGUAAUUAUUAGAUAAAAGAAAUAACACAAAAAGCCAUCAAAAUUCCUUUGACAUAACACAGCGUUUUCUGCCAACAUUAAGCACAAUUUAAAGCCAUAGCAAGAUUUUAACGAUCCCCUUCCCGCACUGAUAGAUCAAGUGGAGCCAAACCAUCCCCCAAAGAAAGAUGAAAAAAUGAAAUGUGAAAGAUUACUUCCGAAAAAAAUAUAAUUUCUACAAUUUCUUCGAUUCUUUCUUCUCCUAAAAUACUGCCUAAACAGUGCAUUCAUUAGUCAUUGACCAGGUGACCAAGUUUUUACUUCAUCAGUACGGUAUUUCUGUUGUUUUUAGCGCAGACAGCUCUCUCUCGAAAUGUUCCUAGCGGCAGACAGCGACAAGAAACGGCUGUUUCGCAGCCUAAUGAACAAACUUCAAACUAUUAUUUACAAAUCGAAUGUUCGUUGCUGGUGCUCGUAGAUAGCGGGGAAAAGGUGUAGAUACUUCUCACUGGGUAAACCGAGAUCUGACCAACGAUAUGGUUUUCGAUCUGGAAAAUGCCAUAGCUCUUUUAAAAUCCAAAUUAAGAUUUCAAGCCUCAAGGCUUUUCCGUGAGUUGAGAGAGUGAAUUCCCUUUUACAGGCCUUUGUCAUCCGUAAUGAGGUCGAAAGCAAAAGAACAUAAAAGCCUCUUGUUGAACGUUAAUUGGCAUUUGUAGACGGCGGUAAUUCGACUGCUCGGGAGUGACUCAAGUGCAACAUAAAAUGAAAGAAUUUGAUCGGCGGCUUGAUAUUCCGCAGAACCGUUUGGAGCUUCCUUAACUCCACCAUAAAGCAUGACUCGCAAUUAGUUGAGGCAGGAGAACAUAAAAGGCUUUUAUGUUCUCUUGGCGGUUAGGGUUAUCAUGUCUAAGAAUUUAACCACCCUUGAAAAGUAAAAAACAUAUUUUUUCCCUUCUAGGUAUGAUUAUUUGAGCGUUGUAGAUGAUGAAAACAGAGCACUUGGUACAUAUUGUGGGCGCGAACUUAGUGGAAAGGUAGUUUUGGUAAAUGGAAACUACGCAUUAAUAACAUUCCACUCUGAUUUUUCUGUACAAAACCUGGGAUUCCAGCUCACGAUGCUAUUUACUGAAGAUCAAAAUGGUAUGUUCAAAUAA